AUGUUCUACCUCUCCCAGAAGAAAUGCCCAUGCUUGUAUUUAAUCCCUUCUGUCAUCUCCUUCUGGACAGAGAAAUUUGAUCCCAAAGACCAUCCUGAUGCUCAGGGCAUGGAAAGGAGGUUACAUUUUGCUCACACAAAGCAAAUGGGGCUGAAGGAGCUGCCUGGAGAUUUAAUUAUCCUGAAAAGGAUGCACCUAAAGAGAGGCUGGGCUGCUUUGGGUUAUUUUUUCCCCCUCUCUUGUCUUGCAGCCUCUUUGGCCAUUCUCUGUGGUGUGACACAUUCUUCUGCCAGCUGCCAAGGGGACAGAGCCACCUCCAUUGAGUGUGACAUCCGAGUGACUGUGGGCACCUCCCAGCAGAGGGGAUCUGUGCCCUACUUCUAUGUCUGUGGGGACACCCCACCCCAGGGACAUUUUGCUGGACUCCUUGCCAGCCCUAAAGUGGAAAGAGAUGAAGUUCUCAUCUAUAAUAGCUCCUGUAACAUUACCAUGGAAACUGAGGCAGAGAUGGAGUGUGAGGGAGCUAAUCAGCCAAUUACUGCCAAGAUUACUGAGAUAUGGAAAAACUGGGGCCAGAACACUCAGCUUGCCCUGCAGUGGUGUGGCCGCUGGGACCAGGACUCCAGCUGGCCUGCUGGCCACCAGCCGCGAGAUGGCGACAAUGUCACGAUAGAAGGUGGCCGGACCCUGCUGCUGGGGACCACCACGAGCAUCCUCAACCUGCUGCGACUCCGAGGUGGCAAACUCCUGUUUAUUGGACCAGGACCUGUGGAACUGCACGCUCAUUACAUCCUGGUGUCUGAUGGAGGAGAGCUCCAGGUGGGAUCCCCUGAGGCCCCUUUCCAGCACAAAGCACACAUCUAUCUCUAUGGGAGCCUCCAUUCUCCACCAUUAUUUCCAUAUGGAGUCAAAUUCCUGGCAGUGAGGAAUGGGACCCUUUCCAUUCAUGGCUGGAUGCCCCAAGUAGUUUCCACACGCUUGAAAUCAUCAGCUAAUGCUGGUGACACACGAUUAGUGCUCCAGGAACCUGUUGAUUGGCAAGCUGGUGAUGAAAUCCUGGUGGGAAGUUCAGGCCUUGGAGAUGCACAGCAGCAGGAGGAAAUGGCUUUUAUCCAGUCCCUGAACAACACAGAGCUGCAGCUUAGAUCACCACUCAGGUACCCCCACAGUGCUGGAGAGGGAUGGGGCAAUGGCCAAGGUGUGCCUUCCAGUGCUGUGGUGGCACUGAUCAGCAGGAGGGUUGUUGUUCAAGGAAAUGUCACGCUGGAGAGGCUGUCCCACCUCAGGCAGUGUGCAAAUUCAGGUGGUGUCCUAGGUGGCUCUGGGUGUUUGUACCAGAGGAGUGAGAGGCAGCUGGGCUCUCGGGAGCUGGGAGCCAUCCUGGUUGUGGAGGCAUUCCAGGGACAGGGGACCCGGCUCCAGCUGCAGGGCGUCCAGUUCCGCCACGUGGGCCAAGCGUUCCGGCACCACUGCAGUGCCCUGGCUCUUACUGGCAACACCUGGCUGCCAGUGAUUUUUGCUCACACCACUCGCUUCUUUGCAGACUCUUACAUCCGUGGCUGUUGUGUUCUGGACUCCUUUGGCCAAGGCCUCCGUCUGACAGGGAUCUCCAACCUCAGUGUGGACAGCAAUGUUUUCUACAACAUCUCAGGCCAUGGGCUUCUCCUGGGUGAGGGACUGGAAGAGGAGAACAAAAUCAGUAACAACAUAGUGAUUGGUCUUUCUGUUACUGAUGGUUUAUCCAAUAUUGAGGCACUGUCACCAGCAGGGAUCUACAUCAGGGCUCCUGCCAGCCACAUCAGGGGUAACACAGUGUGUGGUGCUGGGUAUGGCUAUUUCUUCCAUCUCUCCCCUGAGGGUCCAUCCAAAGUGCCUCUGCUGUCCUUCAGUGAGAACACAGCUCACUCCUGCACAAGGCAGGGGCUGCUGGUGUACCCAGAGUAUUUGCCAGGCAGUCGUGUUCAGUUCAACAACUUCACAGCCUGGAGCUGCCACGGGGGAGCACAGAUUUUCAGUAGCAGGAACCUUGAACUCCAGCAUUUCUGGAUUUCUGCCUGCAAAGACUUUGGCAUUGACAUCGUGGAGAGCCUGGGAAACACCUCUGUGUCUGACAGUGUUUUAGAUGGACACCUUGGGCAGGAGGACAGGAGCUGUAUGUCUGCAGGAUUAAAGACUCCCAAAAGAUACCAGCUCUCCAUCUCCAACACAGCUUUUAGGAACUUUGAUGUGAACACUUGCACAGCCAUCAGGACUUGUUCUGGUUGUUACAGAGGACAGGGUGGGUUUACAGUGACAGCCGAACAUCUGACCUUCACCAAUUCCCCCUUCCAAGUGUCCUUCCCCUUUCCUCACUCUGCCAUCCUUGAGGAUCUUGAUGGCUCCACCACAGGACAGAAGGGCAGUCACAUCCUGCCUUCCACAGAUAUCCUGGCAGCAUCUUGCACAGCCAGUGCCAACUUCAGCCAAGCUUCUGGUGGCAGUGUCUGUGACAGCAACCUUGUUUUCCACCGGAUGGACCUUCAUUUAAAAGAGGCUCCAGACAUUCCCUAUAAUUUAACUGUGACUGACAAUAGGAAUAAGACAAACACAGUCAAUUAUGUCCCUGAUACUUUAUCACACCUGUAUGGCUGGAUGGUUCUUCUCUUGGAUAAAGAGACUUACACGUUGACAUUUGACAGCCCUUUGGUCAGCAAACAGCUCCAGUAUUCAGUGACAUUUAGCAACUUCAAGGCUGGGAAUUACCUGCUGGUGGAGCACAAGGAUCUUCCUGCCCAUCUUGAGGCCGUGGUGUCCUGUGGGACAAGGAGGGGACAGCCACUCCAGUCGCUGCCUUCGUACGGACACCACAGGAGCUGUGAUUGGCAUUUUGACAGCAAACUGGGCAAGUUCACCUAUUUGGUCACAGGAGCUGACUUAAUUCAGGUCACACUAAAAGAGAAGGAAAGAGUGCCUUCACCUACCCCAGCUCCUUCUUGUGCUGUGAUGAAAUGGUCACUGGCAGAAACGUGGAAUGGUGUGGGAAAAGGCUGGGGUGGAUCCAAUGGCAGCAUCCCAGGCCCUGGGGAAGACGUCAUCAUCUUGCCAAACAGGACCAUCCUGGUGGAUGUGGCUCUUCCCCCUCUGAGAGGACUCUACAUCCUGGGGACCCUCGAGUUCCCCAGCAACUCCAGCAACGUCCUGAGUGCAGCCUGCGUGGUGGUGCUGGGGGGUGUGCUGAGAGUGGGUUCUUCACAACAUCCCCUGGAAAGGGAUUUAAAGCUGCUCCUCCUUCUUCGCGCAUCUGAAGGGAUUUACUGUGAUCGUCUGGAGGAUAUAAAUGUCCACCCAGGGACCAUUGGAGUUUAUGGACAGGUGCAAAUUUAUAGUGCUUAUCCUAAGAUGCCUUGGACACAUCUGGGAACUGAUGUUGCUCCUGGCAAUGAAAGGAUUUUUGUGGAGGAUGAAGUAGAUUGGGAUCAAGGUGGGGAUGUUGUGAUCAGCUCUUCCUCCUAUGAAGCCCACCAAGCUGAAGUGGUUACACUUAAAGAAGUCCAUGGUCAUAAUCUAAGAAUUCAUGAACAUCUUCUGCACAGGCACAUUGGGCGUCCCCACGACACAGGAGAUGGCAGACACAUCCCUUUGGCUGCAGAGGCUGGGCUGCUCACACGGAACGUGCAGAUCCAGGCAGAUGUGCCUUGUGCUGGGAGGAUGCUGGUGGGACACUUCACAGACUCCAGAGGGAUGCAGUUUGAAGGUACUCUUCAACUCUCAAAUGUUCAAUUUUUGAACUUUGGACCCUCUCAUCUUUCUGCUAUCGAGUUCAGGAAUGUAUCCCAGGAGUCCUCAGUGGUGUCGUCCAGCAUUAGUGGCAGCUGUGGAGCUGGCAUCAAAGCAGUUGAGAGCAGUGGGGUUUUGCUGCACAAUAAUGUGGUGUUCAACACCACUGGACCUGGCAUUGAUUUGGAAGGGAACAAUCACUCCCUCAUCAGGAACCUGGUCAUUCUGAGCAGGCAGCCAGCAGAUUCAUCAAACUGGGUUGCCAGCAUCAAGGUGAACCUGGCCACCAGUGUCUCCCUUUGUGGCAAUGCUGUGGCAGGGUCUGAGAGAAUUGGCUUCCACGUCAGAGGCCAGGAGUGUGCACUGGAUGGAGAAUAUUGCAGUGGGAAUGUGGCCCAUUCCAGCCUCCAUGGAGUUCACCUGUACCAGGAGGAUGGAUUCCAGACCUGCACUAGAAUAAUGGGUUUUCUGUCCUAUAAGAAUUAUGACUAUGGUGUCAUGCUCCACCUUGGAGGCAGCAUUGUUGUGGAGAACGUGCUGCUGGUGGACAACACCGUGGGACUGCUGGCUGUGCUGCACUGUGCCUGUGCUGAGCAAUGCCACGUGGAGAAAAACUUCAUAGAACUUAAAAACUCCGUCAUUGUCGCAACAAGCUCGACUUUUGACUGCCUCAGAGACAGGAUCCAGCCUCACUCAGCUGAUCCAACAGCCCAGGACCGACCCCCACGCUCCCCUCUAAGAGGCCGUGUUGGGAUUUUGUGGCCCACGUUCACCACUGCUCCCUGCCAAAGGCCAGGGGAUCCCUGGCACAGAGCUGGGCAUUGUCCAAAAGCCCUGGGAAUCAUGAAGCUGAAAGAAGUCACCUUUACUGGUUUUACAAAGAGCUGUUACAGUGAAGACAGGGAUGUCUGUAUCAUGUCAAAUGCUGAACAUUUAGGCAUCAUGCCUCUCAUCACAGCAGAGACAUCAAGGAUGUUACAUGUCAGUGAGAAGGACAUGUUCUACUUUCAUCCAACAAGCGUACAAACCUCUGAAGAUGCCAUGCUCCCCGAAAAGAGAUGCAAAGGCUCAAGGAAAGCCCUUUUUAAGGAUUUGGAUGGAGGUGUCCUUCAUCUGGAACCACCUGUCUCUGUUUUCCCCAAGUCAGAGUUUGAAUGGACAGAGUUCUACUCAGAAGCUGGAAUUUACAGAGAUGACAGUAAGUGCCUCUUCAAGCCCUCCGUACAAGGCUACUUCUGCAAACAGACAGAUCAUGCACUUGUCAUCCUAGAAAACCUGGACUCCAGUGUGGAAAGCCAGAGACUGUUCCCAGUGGUUGCCAUGACUGGCAGCUUUAUGGACACCUUCAGUGAUGACACCUCACAUCCUUCGUGUUACCCUGCAGAGCAUCAUUCUACUUUCUUCUCUGUUCUGCCCUCCACCAAACUCACCACGGUUUGCUUCCCAGACCUGGCACCUCUGGCUUUCAGGCUCUACCUCCUCAGUGGCCAAAACACAACCAGGUUGCCCCUGGCCAUAUUCUUCACUGAACCCCUCAGCCUUCGUGUUUUCGUCCAAGGGAAUUACGUCUCUCCGACCCCGUCUUCUUUUUCACUGAAUGCAAGGGCGGGAGCCAAUUACUUCAGCUUUGAGGACAACCUCCUCUCUGUUCUCCUCCAUGAGCAGGAGCCUGUGGAAGUAGUUGCUGGCCUUUCCCUUCUUGUGGCUUUCACUGUACCUGGGGCUGUUGGGGAAGAGGGUGAGGCAACCAUAGUACGUCGACUGGCUGAUUUCUUGAAGAUCGGUCAUGACCAAGUCAGAGUUGUCCAUAAUGUGCUGGGAGGUGAAAGCACUUUGAAGGUAAUCUCAUCCAAUGCCAACAAAAAGAGAUAUCACUGCCCUAACAUGGCAUUUUGCACAGCCUUUCAGAGCAGAUACAGCCCACAGGAAGAGCGGACACCACCAGGGAGCACCCGGGCUCUGCAUCCACCUGAUGGGGACGGUCCGUCAAGAGUGCUGAUCAUUGAGCUGGGUGAUCUGCCAGGUCAUCCAAGAAAUGAGCUCACAAGUGACAACCUAAGGAGUCUGGCCACAACAAUUAUCAACACUCAUCAGACUGGAGACCUCCAGAGUGGGCUUGGCUUGCCAGUUGACACCUUAAUGGUGACUCAGUCUGCUUUGCUAUUCAGCUGGACAGAAAAUGGAAGCAAACAACAUUCAGAAACGUGCUUGUACAGGAGACCCUACAGCAUCUCUGUUCAGGUGCAGCCCUCAGAUGGAGAAAUCGAGAAGCAGCUUCCUGUACAGCCAAAAAUCAUUUUCCUGGACAGAAAGGGCCAAAGAAUUGACAAACUGGGGCCCCCUGCAGAACCCUGGGUUGUAUCAGCUCAUCUCAAGGACUCCUCUGAGGCUGUGCUGAAAGGGCUCACCCAAGUGCAGGUCAUAGAGGGAUGUGCAAGCUUUUCCAAUCUGGCUGUGUCCACCUCAGGAACAAACUGGAGACUGGUGUUCACUGUCACAUCACCUCCAGGGGUAAAGUUAACUGUGCUGUCCCAGCCUUUUGCCACCUUCCCUGUGCCCAUGAGAGCCAGGGCCAGCACGAUCCUCGUUGCCAUACUGGGCUCUGCAGCAUCUGCAUUCAGCAUUGUUCUCACAUUCUGCUGGUUCAGGAAGAGCAAAAGCCACAAAAUAAAGACUGAACGGCCUCAUCUACCACAGGACAGCACCAAGAGACCCAGGGAACAAGCACAGCCUCCUGCAGCUCCCUCCAAGCCUUGCUACCAUCAAGGACCAAAUAAAAGUGGAGUGUCUGCAGCAGGAGAUAUGGAAGGAAGUGGAGCAGUGGGAGCUGCCACAGGACCUGCAGAGGAGCUGAACCUGCAGCCCCGUGAAGCCAAGCCAGCAAAACAGCCAAGCACUGCCCAGCCCAAGGCAGGUGACAGCCACACCUUUCCCUCAGCCAGGGAAGGGGACAGCCACCACACAGGAAGAUCUCCUGGUGACUCUGUGGAGCUCCAGCAGCCUGCAGUGCCUGGGUGCUCCAGCCAGAAGGAAGCACCCCAACCUGCAGCUGGGUACAGCCAGGAAGGAGAGCAGGCUGAGAGGGUGGCCCAGCACCAGAAUGAUGUCAGGGAGUGCAUUGCCAUGGUGGCAGCAGAGGGGUAGUGCUGCUUUGUGUGCCUGAGCCCCUGACAGAGACACAGGCACACG